UCCUCCAGCUCACCUCCUCCUGUUCCUCCUCCGGUUCCUCCUACUCGAGGUGGAGCCGUCCCUCCCGCUACAGACCUUCUCAUUGGCCACGUCACGUCGGAGGGGGAGAAGCGAAGAGCAGGCAUUCCUCAGCGCCUCAGACCUCCACCACACCGACACCACCUCUCCUCCGCUCAGGAACACCACCCUCUUACCGCUAUCAACAUGAUGUUCCGGAGCGCCGCUGCUCUCGUGCUCCUCUCCCUGGCGCUCUCCACUGCGGAGGAGGUGCAGAGUAAGAGUAAGGUGUGUGCCAAUGUGUUCUGUGGGGCGGGCCGUGAGUGUGCGGUGACGGAGAAGGGGGAGCCCAGCUGUCUGUGUAUCGAGAGCUGUAAGCCCCAUAAGAGGUCUGUGUGCGGCAGCAACGCCAAGACGUACCGUAACCACUGUGAGCUGCACCGCGACGCCUGCCUCACCGGGCUGAAGAUCCAGGUGGACCACGACGGCCACUGCCAGGAGAAGAAGAGCGAGCUCGCGGCCGCCAGCCCAGUGGUGUGCUACGUGGCGGACCGUAACGAGCUGCGUAGCCGUGUGAUCCAGUGGCUGCAGACGGAGGUGGUCCCCGACGGCUGGUUCAACAAGGGCUCCAACUUCUCCGACAUCCUGCUGCGCUACUUCAAGACCUACGACAACGGCGACACCCAGCUGGACUCCUCAGAGCUGCUCAAGUUCAUCCAGCACAACGACUCUAACGUGGACCUGCAGUCCUACGCAGACCAGGAGAGCAACAGGCUGCUCAGGAGCCUGUGUGUGGACGCCCUCAUCGAGCUCUCAGACGACAACGCCGACUGGAAGCUCAGCUUCGACGAGUUCCUCAACUGCCUGAAGCCCGGCUUCAACCCGCCAGAGAAAAAGUGCGCCCUGGAGGAUGAGACCUACGAGGACGGGGCCGAGACGCAGGUGGAGUGCAACCGCUGCGUGUGCGCCUGCGGGAACUGGGUGUGCACCGCCAUGACCUGCGCCGACAAGACGGCGUUGGUGGACGAGUCGGCUGACGCGGGCGCUGAGGUCACCGAGGAGGAGUGGAACCGCCGCGUCGCAGAGCUCAACAAACACCAGGAAACCGUUGAGAAGAUGAAGGCCAGCACCAAGGAGGUCUGAAAACAGGAAGGAGGAGAUGACAUCACUUCCUCUCCACUUGAAGAUGUCUCUUUAGGGCCCUGUGGUUUCAAUGAUUUAUUUGUUUCAUGAUUCUUUCCUGUGUUAAUUAUUAUGCUUUUUUAUAUGUGUGUGUCUUUGUCUUUGUGUCAAAGUUUGUUAGAUUCUGGGGGCAACCUUGAGUAUUAUGCUAGCAGGUCCUUGUUUCCCAGUGGCCUACCUACUGGUUUGAUCCCAGUACUAAGAUCUCCACCCACUACACACGGGGGAUAGUCUUCACAGAGAAGUCCUUUGUAUUAUUGUGUGAGUGAUCACGUGAUGGAUCAGAGCAGGACUGAACACUGAGAUCGGUUUGGAUCACACGGGAUCAGAAAGGGUUCCAUCUUGACAUUCCGACCAGAUCGGCUCGUCUUCUGGGCCCCGGGGGGGGGCCCCGGGGGGGCGGGGUCCGGUCCGCCGGGGUCCUGUCCGCCGGGGUCGGCCCUUCCAUCGGACACUACAUGACCGAUGCACUUCUUCGUAUUAUUGUAUCCUAUCUCCUCGCGCCUUUUUAACGUGCGUUUACAUUUCCACGGCCCGUUAUAAGCUGGUAUCGUACAGUUUUCUACCGCCGACACGAUCAACUCAUAUAUAUCACAUGUUAUAUAUCCUACGUUAAUCUCUCGACAUGUUAAUGAAACGCUCCUCUGUUAUGCUCCUCAGCACUCUCUCUCUCUCCCUCUCUCUCUCUCUCUCUCUGUCUCUCUCUCUCUCUCCCUCUCAC